GCCGUUCGUCGCGAUGCGCUCGUCCACAAUCAUUUUAUGGUUGCACCACAUGUUCUAUGAGUAUUAACUCAUUAUGUUCCUCUAGAAGACUAAAACCUGCACCCGAAACCGUCAAGACCCUAUCGCGUCGCAUUUCCAAGUUUCAGCGUCCACGCAGGCGUCCACCAUACCACCACCCGAAGAUGAACUCCAAAGAUCUAAUUAUACGCGCAGACGAUGCCUCCGAUGAGGCCAUCACUGCUGAGGAGAUCACAGGGGACGCCGCACCACGGGUAGCUGCACACGGUGGCAUGCCUACGACACAAGGACCAGGAAAUGCCUUUGCAGAGCUCAUGUCCAAAUCGAAACCACCCGCAAAGUCCGUCAACGAGACCAGGAACAAGGGCAAACCUUCGUCGCGACCUGCUUCCAGUUCCAAGAACUUCAAUGGACGAGACGGGUUAGGCAUAUAUGUACAGUAUCCGGAGCGUAACCCCGAGGGAAGAGUAAUUGAAUACGACGAUGAGUUCGUAGUAAUACAGGAUAGGUAUCCAAAGGCAAGCGUACACCUCCUUCUCCUGCCCCGCGACCCAAGCCUGACCCUCGAACAUCCGCUCGUCACCCUCUCAAACAACCCCGCAUUCCUCGCCAAACUCAAGCCCCGUGUCGAGCGUCUGAAACUCCUUGCAGCGCGCGAACUCCGCCGCAAAUACGGUUUGUCCAGUGCGUCAGACGCACCCUACCAACGUGCCCUCGAAGACUUGAUGAGCAGCCCAGACCCCCCAUCUCCAGAGGAGCGCGACUCGCUCCUUCCACAAGGCCGCGACUGGUCUCGUGAGAUAAUGUCGGGUGUGCACACGCAUCCAUCUAUGAACCACUUGCACAUACACGUUCUUUCGCGCGACAUGCAUAGCCCAUGGCUGAAGAAGAAGAAUCACUAUCUGAGCUUCAAUUCGAGCUUUCUCGUAGGGCUGGAUGAAUUCCCGCUAAAGGACGGCAGUCCAAGGUUCCACCCAGGCGAUUGGCUGAGCUGGGAUAUGAAAUGCUGGAGAUGUGAGAAGAAUUUCCGGAACAAGUUCAGGGCACUGCAGGAGCACCUGGAUGAGGAAUUCGAGGAAUGGAAGCAAGAGUGAUGAGAGCUGUGUCACGCAACUAACUAUCAAUGGACUAUUCAUCUUUAGAGGCGAUACCCGAGACAGCAAAGAUUUGUCCAUUCGUUUGCGUAAUUGUACCAUAAAUGCUUUUGUGAUAUGCCAUGACCUUCUAACCGCCGGGUCCAUGCCAUGCCGCACCGACCGUCUCUUACAUAUUCUUACAGAGUGUAACGCGCCCCCAGUGCAAAGAAUACAGUUCUUCAUAAUAUCCAAGAUGGCUUCCACCCAUCGUAUACAACAGACACCUGGUCGACGUGCCAUGCUUUUGGUCGUUUAGCUCUUA